AAACUGUCAAAAUAAAGUCGGAAAUUUGAGAAGCAGGAAAGAAGCGAUAAUUAAAUAAAUUUAUGUAGGUACAAACUUAACCUAGGUACCUACAUAUUUAUUUUAUUUGUAGAACUUUUGAAUCGUUCAAUAACUAUGGAUGGUAUUGUGUUUAUUGGUGAUUGGGUGAAAGAUAGAGUAUUAGGCUCAGGAAGCUUUGGUACAGUGGUUUUGUGGAAACACCAAAAAACAGACGAGAAACUUGCUAUCAAGACAUGUAAAUGGGGCGAUGAACUCACCGCAAAACACAAAGAGCGAUGGACGAAAGAAGUAGAGAUGUUGCAGAACUGUAACAAUCCCAACAUUGUCAGCACAAAGGAGCUACCUUUAGAGUUUAUAGAAGGCUUAGAAUCUGCUAAUCCAUCAAAAUUACCCAUUCUUUGUAUGGAAUACUGCAGUGGAGGUUCCCUUCGACAGUUACUUAACAAACCUGAAUCAUGUGGUGGAUUAAAAGAGACACAGGUACGUCAAAUUCUAAAGGAUGUUGGAAGUGCUAUGCAAUUUUUGCACCAAAAUAAAAUCACACAUCGAGAUGUCAAACCUGAAAAUAUUGUCAUUCAAUUAAUAGAUGAUUGUGGAUCUAGUAAUACAAUAACUCAACAAAAGAUGAAUAUGCAGUACAAACUAAUAGACCUAGGAUAUGCAAAAGAAAUUGAUUCUAAAUCUGUUUGUGCUAGUUUUGUUGGCACACUUCAAUAUCUAGCACCUGAAAUUUUAUAUAGCAAAACUUACAGCAAUUCUGUUGAUUUUUGGUCUUUUGGUCUUCUUGCUUUUGAAAUUAUCUGUGGUAUAAGACCAUUUCUACCAUUUAUGGCACCUGUACAGUGGAUGCCUUAUGUUAAGAAGAAAACUCAUGAAGAUGUUUGUGUCUAUGAAUCAUUUCAUGGUGACAUUGAGUAUUCAAAGGAUAUUUUUGUAGAAAAUCGUAUUUCAAAACCAUUUAAAUUAUUAAUGGAACAGUGGCUAAGAAUAGCAUUGGAAUGGGAUCCAAAAUUAAGAGGUCGUGAUGCUCCUUCCAAGGUAACUUUUAACAUACCAACUGAAGAAAAAGAAUCUGCAAGUAAAAUUGUAAUUUUUAAUGUUUUGGAAGAAGUGUUGACUAGGAAAAUUAUAAAAAUAUUUUCAGUUUAUACUUUAUCACAACUUGCUUAUGAAAUUGAUGAUAUAACAACCACAGCUGGAUUAAAAUUGUGGAUAGAAAAGGAUCUCAAAAUUCCAAUUUCAGAUCAAAUUUUGCUAUCUCCAUCCACUUAUAAUGAACUUGAUGAUAAUGAUCAGUUAGUGAAACAUUGGAAUGUGAAUGAAAACAUCAUACUCUAUCUAUACCACAAGGCAAAUAUGAUUAAAGAUAAUAUUGAACCAGUUGUGCCAAAAACAGUUCAAAGAUGUUUGGAACAUCCUAAAGCAUUGUAUAAUUUUAAAAAUAGUCAAAAUUUGUACCGACAUGGCCUCUACUUUAUCAUAAAUGAAAUAGAAUUGUAUGAUUGCCUCAUCAAGGGAUUAUUUGCUAGAGGUCAGUUUCUUAAGAAUGAAAAGACACAAAUACUUCUCAAACACAAUGCAGUAGAUAAAGAAAUUGGAAAGCUUCUUGUUAGAAGGGAAACUGUGUUUAAAAUGGGUGAAAUGGGAAAGCACCAUGUUGAGAAUUUAAAAGAAAAUUCAGUGGGGACUAAUUUUCUUGGCGGAUUUGAGAAACAGUUUAAAAAUGCAGAUGAGCUAAAUGAUAAAGUUAACAAACUUGACACAGCUUGGACACAACUGACUGUUAGAUUGCAGUCAGCAUCUAGAAGGAGCAAUGAGAUUGUAUCUGAAGACCUCAACAACUUUGUACAGAAGCAUAAUUAUCAAACUAUUUUCAAAAAUGCCUUAACUGUUUUUAUAAAUUACAAAAAAAGUGAAUCUUUCAGUGAGUAUAGAGUCAAAGAAAAGCAAUGUCUCGAUAUUAUGAAGACAUGUUAUGAAUGCCUCAAAAUGAGAAGUAAGAUUCUUUUAGAGUUAAGGAACCAACCUUUCAUGUUGAAAAUUAUGGAUUUGAGUAUUGAAUUUAGCAAAAUUUCUGAUGUGAUAGAAAAUGCUGCUGAUAAUACUGAAAAACUAAGUUCAGAUGCAAAUAAUACUCUGGAAGAAUUGACAAAGUGUAUGUGGUCAACAAUAUCAGUUCUUGCUAAUGAUGCUCACAAUUUGGUUGAUCUUCCAUAUAGUGUUAUUUCAUUCCAAAAAAGUAAUUUCAAAGUUGGUGAAGCUGUCUCCAAUCACUGCAUCAAAAUUGCAAAUAAAAUUGAAGAGGAUGAGGGUCUAACUUCUUUGAUUGAAGAAAGUUUAAAGUUGAGACAGAACCAUUCUAAACUAACUGAAAAAAUAAAUAUGCAGAAAAAAAUUUUUGGGAACCAUAACUUUGACUAUAGUUUUCUAAAUGAAAAAAAUUAAUACAUACUUAUCUAUAAAAUAUAUUUAUAUUAACUGUUUUGUAUGAAAAACAUUUUUUUUUAUUAGUGCCUAAGAAUACUGUGAUGCGAUUUUAUGAUGAGUGUUUUUAAAAAAGUAUAUUGUAGAUUUUUAAGCCAAAAUUGUAGAUAUUUGCUGUUACAUAUUAUGAAUUGGUAUUUGUGUUGCUUUAUUUAAAUCUAGUCAUUUAAAUUUGUCUUUAUCAAUAUUAACAUUUUAUUGUAUUUGAAGUUGCAUUUGAUAAUGUCUUUUGUUAUGGUAUUAUGAAAUUGAAUUGGUGCUAACCUAGUUAAUUUCUAUAUAAAAAUACAUACCUAAUUAGAUUUAUUCGUAUUUUUUGCACUAAAUGAUAAAAUAAAAUUUUCUAUAAUUAUA